AUGUGGAUCCAGGUGCGCACCAUCGACGGCUCCCAGACGCGCACCAUCGAGGACGUGUCCCGCAAAGCCCCCAUCGAAGAGCUGCGCGAGCGGGUGUGGGCGGUGUUCGACGUGCGGCCCGAGUGCCAGCGCCUCUUCUACCGGGGCAAGCAGUUGGAAAAUGGAUACACUUUGUUUGACUAUGAUGUUGGACUGAAUGACAUAAUUCAGCUACUGGUACGCUCAGACCCGGAUCUUCCUAGCACUUCUAAGCAGACUGAUGCACAAGUUAAACCGAGCCCUAACAGCCCACCUAAAGGAAAGAAAACCUCAAGGGUGGGACCUUCCAGUCAGCCGACUACAUCGGCUCAUGCAUUUCUUAUUGAUCCUGGCAUUGGACUCUAUAAGGUAAAUGAAUUGGUGGAUGCCCGAGAUGUCGGCCUUGGUGCUUGGUUUGAAGCACAUAUACGUAGUGUCACUAGAGCUUCUAAUGGACAUUCACGUGGCAAAGCUCCACUGAAGAACGGCAGUUCUUAUAAAAGGACUCAUGGACAUGUAAAUCACAAUCCCAAAGAGAACGUAAAUACAUUGGACAAUGUGCCCUCGACGUCUAAUUCAGACUCGGUUGCGGCUGAUGAAGACGUAAUUUAUCAUAUCGAGUAUGAUGAAUAUCCGGAAAGUGGGACUCUAGAAAUGAAUGUUAAGGACCUUCGCCCCCGAGCUAGAACUACUUUAAAGUGGAAUGAACUAAAUAUUGGUGAUAUGGUAAUGGUUAAUUACAAUGUCGAAAGUCCUGGAGAAAGAGGAUUUUGGUUUGAUGCAGAAAUCACCACACUGAAGACCAUUUCAAGGACCAAAAGAGAACUUCGUGCAAAAAUUUUCCUGGGGGGUUCAGAAGGAACUUUAAAUGACUGCAGGGUGAUAUUCACAGACGAAAUCUUCAAGAUUGAGAAGCCUGGAGCCCACCCGCUCUCAUUUGCAGAUGGAAAAUUCCUAAGGAAAAACGACCCUGAAUGUAACCUGUGUGGCGGGGACCCAGACAAGAAAUGCCGUUCUUGCUCCUGCCAUAUAUGUGGUGGAAAACACGACCCCAGCAUGCAGCUGCUGUGUGAUGAGUGCAAUUUGGCCUUUCAUAUUUACUGCCUGGAUCCACCUCUGGAUAAGAUCCCAGAAGAGGACUACUGGUACUGCCCUUCCUGUAAAACUGAUUCCAGUGAAGUUGUGAAGGCUGGCGAGAGACUUAAGAUGAGCAAAAGGAAAGCAAAGAUGCCAUCUGCUAGUACUGAAAGCCGGAGAGACUGGGGCAGGGGAAUGGCCUGUGUUGGUCGGACUAGAGAAUGUACCAUCGUCCCCUCCAAUCACUAUGGACCCAUUCCGGGCAUUCCUGUGGGCUCAACUUGGAGAUUUAGAGUUCAGGUGAGCGAAGCUGGUGUCCAUAGGCCCCAUGUUGGUGGAAUUCAUGGUCGAAGUAAUGAUGGGGCUUAUUCUCUCGUCCUAGCUGGUGGAUUUGCAGAUGAAGUAGACCGGGGAGAUGAAUUCACGUACACUGGGAGCGGUGGUAAAAACCUCGCUGGGAACAAAAGGAUUGGUGCCCCAUCGGCUGAUCAGACUCUGACAAACAUGAACAGGGCAUUGGCCCUAAACUGCGAUGCUCCGUUGGAUGAUAAAAUUGGAGCAGAGUCUCGGAAUUGGAGAGCUGGUAAGCCCGUCAGAGUGAUACGCAGUUUUAAAGGGAGGAAGAUCAGCAAAUAUGCUCCUGAAGAAGGCAACCGCUACGACGGCAUUUAUAAGGUGGUGAAAUACUGGCCGGAGAUCUCAACUAGCCAUGGGUUCCUGGUGUGGCGCUACCUCUUAAGAAGAGAUGAUGUGGAACCUGCUCCUUGGACCUCAGAAGGAAUCGAGCGGUCGAGGAGGUUGUGUCUGCGUUUACAGUACCCAGCAGGUUAUCCCUCAGAUAAGGAAGGGAAGAAGACGAAAGGACAGUCCAAGAGGCAGAACAGCGAGGCAGCAAAAAGGCCUAAUCCAGAUGAUGACUGUCCAAGUGCCUCCAAAGUGGCCAAAGCCUCAGAUUCAGCAGACGCAGUGGAACCUUUCCAGCUGAGCCCUCAACAGCAACUCCUCAUUCGAGAAGAUCGUCACAACCAGAAGCUGUGGGACGAAGUGUUGGUGUCGCUCGUGGAAGGACCAAAUUUUCUAAAAAAGUUGGAGCAAUCUUUUAUGUGUGUCUGCUGCCAGGAGCUAGUUUACCAGCCUGUGACGACAGAGUGCCUCCACAAUGUCUGUAAAGAUUGCUUGCAGCGCUCUUUUAAGGCCCAAGUGUUCUCCUGCCCCGCCUGCCGCCAUGACCUAGGCCAGAGUUACAUCAUGAUUCCCAAUGAGAACCUUCAGACUCUUCUUGACCUUUUCUUCCCUGGCUAUAGCAAAGGACGGUGA